UAUAAUCAAUGAGGAGGCAGCGGCCUCGGAAAAACUGGCUGCUUCUGGUUUCCAGGCAUAAAUACAAAGCAGAGCCGGUCUGAGAGAAACGGCACAAAGAAAAGCGAGGAACUCUGAGGUUUCCGAAACCGAAGACCAAAAGAGUCAGACCCCACCGAAGAAGAGCUUGGACGGCAUGCAAAGUUGUGAAAUUUCCUCAGACAGCACUGAUGAUCCUCUUAGUAGUGGCCUUCGCACUCAUCGGCAGCCUCGAAUAGUAGUGAUUGGUGCCGGCUUGGCUGGCCUUGCUGCAACUAAGUACCUACUGAAAAACGGCUUCACGGAUGUCACUGUCCUAGAGGCGUCUGACCACAUCGGGGGGAGAGUUCAGAGUGUUCAGCACGGUAGGGCAACUUUGGAGCUUGGAGCUACCUGGAUCCAUGGUGCCAAUGGGAACCCUGUGUACCACCUGGCAGAGGAAAAUGGGCUGCUGGAACACACCACAGACGGAGAAAGGAGUGUGGGACGCAUCAGCCUGUACACCAAAAAUGGUGUGGCUCACUACCAGACCAAUGCUGGCAAAAGGAUCCCCAAGGACCUGGUGGAGGAGUUCAGUGAUCUGUACAAUGAGGUGUACGAGCUGACUCAGGAGUUCUUCCAGAACGGGAAGCCAGUUUGCGCCGAGAGCCAGAACAGUGUUGGCGUUUUUACACGAGAUGUGGUGCGCAAGAAGAUCAUGUUGGAUCCCGAUGAUCAUGAGAGCACCAAGAAGCUCAAACUGUCAAUGCUUCAACAGUAUCUCAAGGUGGAGAGUUGCGAAAGCAGCUCUCCCAGCAUGGAUGAGGUAUCUUUGAGUGAGUUUGGUGAGUGGACGGAGAUCCCCGGUGCACAUUAUGUCAUUCCUGAAGGUUUUAUGAAGAUUGUGGAGCUCUUAGCCCAGGACAUCCCAUCUCACACCAUUUGCCUCGGCAAGCCAGUCCGCUGUAUCCACUGGAACUACUCAGCCCAGCAUCGAGAGGUCAUUGCCAAGAGCAGCAACACCAAUCAGGACAACAACCACAACGACAACAACCACGGCUGCCAACCUCACGAAGACCCUCUCAUCCUGGGUCAGCCCAUUUGCGUGGAGUGCAAAGACGAGGAGUGGAUCACGGCUGACCACGUGAUUGUGACAACUUCCCUGGGUGUGCUGAAGCAGAACCACGAGGCCAUGUUCUCCCCACCUCUUCCUGAGGAUAAGGUGUUCGCCAUCGAGAAGCUUGGCAUAAGUACCACCGACAAGAUAUUCUUAGAGUUUGAGGAGCCCUUUUGGAGCCCGGAGUGCAACAGCAUCCAGUUCGUGUGGGAGGAUGAGGCUCAACUUGAACAGCUAGCAUAUCCCGAAGACCUGUGGUACAAGAAAAUCUGUAGCUUCGACGUCCUCUACCCCCCUGAACGUUACGGCUACAUGCUGAGUGGCUGGAUCUGUGGGCAGGAGGCGCUGUACAUGGAGCGCUGUGAUGACGAAACAGUGGCUGAGACCUGCACUGAGCUGUUGAGGCGCUUUACAGGGAACCCUGACAUUCCAAAGCCCCGGCGUAUCCUGCGCUCGUCAUGGGGCAGCAACCCAUACAUCCGAGGCUCCUAUUCCUUCACCAGGGUCGGGUCUAGUGGUGCGGACUGUGAGAGGCUGGCCAUGCCGCUGCCUUAUGCCAACAGCACCAAGGCUCCACCCCUGCAGGUCCUGUUUGCUGGAGAAGCCACCCACAGAAAAUACUAUUCUACCACACAUGGUGCUUUGCUGUCAGGGCAGCGAGAGGCCACUCGCCUGAUAGAGAUGUACCAGGACUUGCACACGGUGGAAACCACAAAGCCUAACAUAUAACAUUAAAAUGAACCUUUAACUAGUGAAAGAAUACAAAAUGUUGAGUUACAGCUUUUUAUCAUUCUGAUUAAGUUAUACUUAAAGCAUAGCUCGGGCAUUAAACACACCGAGAACAAAUGAGUAUUGUUUCUAUCGUACUGUAGAUUUGAAUUAUGCUCAGUUUUGUUUAAGAUGUACUGUUUAAAAGUUGCCAAUGGUGCUGUCAUCUCCUGUCUUUGCCAUUCUGUCAUGUUUUGUUUUUUUAAUCAGUUUUAACAUUUAUAACAACAGCACCUGUAAUUUACCUUGUUUUUGUAAGUGCCUUCUGUACGUAUGUGCUGUUAUUUCAGAAAUAAUGAAAAUACUAAAGAAAAAUUGAGAAAAAGUUUAACUAAAUUAAAAAGUUCUAUGAUCAUCCAA